AAAACAACAAAUAAAUAAAACCAUUCAGUGCUUUCAACAUUAUUUGUAGAUUCGUGACCAGUAAAUUCAACAUUGUUUAAACAAAUUAACACCAUAUAUCUAUAUAAAUAGGAAAUUAUUGUGACAUUUUAAUUUAUAUUACAGAAAAACAGUUUCAUUUGAUAACUACAUCAAAGUGCUCAUCCAAUACCCCAUUCAGUUAAAUUCACUUUGAAAUGUUUGGCAAAAUACAAAUUCUAAUUUUUUUGCUUUCAACAAUUAUGCUUUAUAGCAUGCAAACAGCUAAUAAAAUUAAUGGAGAACCAAUGCGUCGAUGGUAUCCUUUAGGAGUUGAAGCCUCUAGAAAACCUUCAUUCAGUCAAGGUGAUAGUGUUGCUGAACUAGAAAUUCCUUAUAAUGGUGAUCAAUAUGAUUCAGAGGUUAUGAAACGAGCUGUUCGAUUAAUGAGACUUGGUUAAUCAAAAGAAAAAAGAAAAAAAAGUUAACAGAAUAAUAAUUCUAACUAAUAUAAAUGUUCAUUAAAUAAGAAUUUAUAAUACAUUUAUUCAUUACUUUUUUAUUAUUAAGUAAAUUGUUUUAUCGUAACAAUGAAUUCUACAUUAUAUGCUGAUAGAAACAUAUAUUUCAUAGUGCAAUGA